UCCCCUUGGAACCUCCUUUUAUAAGCCAAUGGAAGGUUCGAGUUCGGUUUCGGCAGUUCCGGGUCCGAACAGAGGAACCUACACCUCAUCCUGGUGGCUUCAAGUGCUUCACGUGUCAAGACGCUGCAGAUAACUAUGAGUGUAAUCGUUGGGCUCCAGAUGUUUACUGUCCAAAAGGUACCAGAUACUGUUACACACUCCACAUGAUGGAUCACCAUGGAGACAGUGUAUCUGUGACCAAGCGGUGCGUGGCCCUGGAGGACUGUCUCUUCACUGGCUGUACUCAUGUCACUGAUAAUGGCUAUCGGGUGUGCUCGUCCUGCUGUGAGGGGAACAUCUGUAACUUGUUGGUGCCGAAAAAUGAGAGCAGCGCCAUUUUCUCCUCGGCUUCUCCUCUGGUCAGCUCGAGCACAGGCCUUCAUCCUGCAACGCUGAGCUACAUCGUCAUCAGCAUCCUGACUGCAAGACAUGUUUGACAGGGAAACAUCAUAAAAAAAUUAACAAAAGGA